CUCUCUCGGCGGGUACUGACACCAUCUGCGGCGGGGGGAGGGACACAUGCAUUCUUACCUGGAUACGCCCGCAGAGGAACUUUGUAAAAGAGCCACUCCCUUUUCUUUGGGGUUAAUUCCAACUGAAGACUGGAGACAGAAGGUGACACUUCUUUUUCUUCCCCUCAGGGUCAUUGCACCUUUUAUUCAUUGACCUGCGGAUAGGAGGAGUUCGUUCAGCCUCUCUCAGCUGCCUCCACUUAAUUAUUUGGCAAGAGGGAGAUUGGUCGACCGAAGUUGGAUGCCUGUGUUUUUCAAGAAUGGGAUUUUCCCAGAGGUUAAGGGGUCUUUGGAAAUGCGUGUUUUGCUUUCCGGUUCUGCUGUGUGUUUUGUACUUCAGUUCUCCGUCUUUGAGAGUUUUAGUGAACAUCAUGCCUAUGGACAAAUGUAAACUGGAGAGUGCUCGGGAUCUGCUUCAGGACAACAGCGCGGAUGCUGGGCUCGACCUCGUGACCAGACGUGACGUGCAAACAUGCACAGAUUGGAGAGCUCCCAUCAUCUGGGAGGGCAUGUUUGACCCUUUCCUUUACGACUCGAUGCACAAAGAGGCAGGCUCCUCUGUGGCUCUGACAGUGUUUGCUGUCGGCAGGUACCUGGAUGCUUACCUCCCCACCUUCCUGAACUCAUCAGAACGUCACUUCAUGCUGGGUUUGCCGGUGACGUAUUACGUAUUCACAGACACGCCGGAAAAGGUGCCCAACAUGAAGCUCCCUCCUCUGCGGAGCCUGAGGGUGAUCAAAGUGGAGAAGCACUCGAGGUGGCAGGACAUCUCUAUGAUGCGAAUGAAGACUAUAUCGGACGUCAUAGGGACAGAUAUUCGCCAUCGCUGCACGCACGUCUUCUGCUUCGACGUGGAUCAGGUGUUCACCGGGAGAUUUGGCUCGGAGGCUCUGGGAGAUUCUGUGGCUCUACUCCACGCCUACUACUACCGCCUCCCGAAGAGUUUGUACACCUACGACCGCAACCCAAAGUCCAAAGCUUGCAUGAAGACGGGGGAUUUCUACUACCACGCUGCCAUCUUUGGAGGCCUGUGUGAGAGCGUGAAAGCAAUAGCUGACGCCUGCUACCGGAGCAUCAUGGCGGACAAAGAGAAUAAUGUGGAGGCCCUGUGGCACGACGAGAGUCACCUGAACAAGUACCUGUGGCUUCACAAACCGAGCAGGGUGCUGUCCCCUGAGUACUGCUGGGACCCGCUAAUCAGCCAAAACAGCGACAUAAAAGUCACGCGACUGGAGUGGGCGCCAAAACAGUACAAGAAGCUCCGCAGUGCUUAAUGCGUUUCCAACACUCAAAUACAAAAUCCACGACCCUUCUCUCUGAUAUCUGAUAAAAACACUGUGUGGCUCCUCUGUUCUGACGUGAGGAAUCUGCCAACAACUGGAUUUCCUGUUGAGUAACAAUCUCCCAUCGACCGCCUGCCUUUUCAGAGAAUCACGUUUUUUUUCUUUAGGACUCAGGUCAAUGUCUGCACAUGAUGCCUUGUACCAUGUAAGUGUUGGAAUAAAUUAUUUUUGAUGACUAAA